UUAUCACAGAGUGGGGAACUCCUGAGAUUGGGGAAAAUGGCAGCUUUGCAAGAAAAAAAGACCUGCAGUCAACGUAUGGAAGAAUUCCGUCACUACUGCUGGAAUCCAGACACGGGGCAGCUUUUGGGAAGGACCUUAUCUAAGUGGGUGUGGAUUAGUCUCUACUAUGUGGCUUUCUAUGUGGUGAUGACUGGGCUAUUUGCCCUUGCCAUCUACACGUUAAUGUGGACAAUAGAUCCAUACACACCAGACUACCAAGAUCAAUUAAAAUCACCAGGGGUGACAUUAAGACCAGAUGUUUAUGGUGAAAGAGGUCUAGAAAUCUUCUACAAUGUUUCUGAUAAUACUUCUUGGAAAGAUCUUACCCAGACCCUUCACACGUUUCUGUCAGCUUACACUCCAGCCGCACAAGAGGAAAAUAUAAACUGUUCAUCUGAGCAGUACUUCAUUCAGAAAGAAUUUCAUGCUCCAAACCACACCAAGUUUUCCUGCAAAUUUACAGCAGAUAUGCUUCAAAACUGCUCAGGUCUAACAGACCCUAAUUUUGGAUUUGAGGAAGGAAAACCAUGCUUCAUAAUCAAAAUGAAUAGGAUAGUCAAUUUUCUCCCUAGCAACAAUACUGCUCCCAGAGUGGAUUGUACGUUUCUAGAAGAGAACCACAAAGACUUCACGCCUCUAGAAGUGGACUACUACCCAUCCAAUGGUACUUUUAGUCUACACUACUUCCCUUAUUAUGGGAAGAAAGCGCAGCCCCACUAUAGCAACCCACUAGUAGCAGCCAAAUUCCUCAACAUUCCAAAGAAUAAAGAUGUUAUCAUAGUGUGUAAAAUCAUUGCAGAGAAUGUAAGUUUCGACAAUCCCCAUGACCCAUAUGAAGGAAAAGUGGAGUUCAAACUAAAAAUUCAGAAGUGAAACAAGCAUUUUUUGUACUUCAGAGGAAGAUUUUCAAGAAGGCUAGUCGACAUUCAGAAAAUUGUGAACUGCUGACGGUUUUGUACUGAUUUGCUUCCAUCCCAAAUGAAAAUUGGCUAUAUGUUUUUUUUCUCUCAAUGUCAAUUUAUAAGAGGUACAUGGGUGAAAACCAUUGGGUAUUUUCUAUGACAUCCAGAGUUCCCCAGCUCCAUUAGCAAGGUUUCAUGGUCACAGUAAAAAUUUGUUCAUAUAUUACAGUAACCCUUAUUUAGAAAUCUUUUAGUGAAGGACAUUAUGACUGGCAUCUUUAUCUUUGUAGUCACUUUCCUUAGUAUAAUGCUAUGUAUUUUUCUACUGUUAACGAUUAUCAGAUUAAUGUAAAAGCUAUUAAGCAUGUGUCAUAAAAUAAUGGCUUAUAAUGAAACAUUCUGUUUUCUUGCUUUUAGUAAUGAGAUGAAAUAUUAAGUGAUAUAUCUGGAUUAAAGUAACAAGAAUACAUUUUUCUUUAACUGGA